AUGGAUGGCUCCUUCGGAGCCCCUCGGGGAUCGCCUUGGGGAAUACGGCGGUUACUCUAUCUAGGACUUUCGACUUCUAUACUCCUUACGCCAUUCGUCUCGGCCGAACCGACGGGGAAACACAAGUCAGACUAUUGUGCGAUAAGGGAUGAGUGUGGGCAGAGGGGUUGGUUCGGUAAGCCGUUACCAUGCCCCGACAACGGCCCGGCGAAGGAGCCUUCAGCAAGUCUGAGGAAAGACUUGGUAGAUUUCUGCGGGCAGAAAUGGGCGGAAGGCGCAGUUUGCUGCACGGAUAACCAGUUGGAAACGAUGAAGGGCAACCUUGAGGUUGUCCAGCAGCUUUUGGCACCAUGCCCCGCCUGCAAAGCCAAUUUCUUCAAUCUAGUCUGUACGAUGACAUGUUCGCCGAAUCAGUCCCAAUUCCUAAAUGUUACAAAGACGGAAACAUUAAGUGGAAACGAGGUGGUCGCAGAGCUCAGCUACUAUGUCGAUCCGUCCUACGGACGUGGCUUUUUUGAUUCCUGCAAGAACGUCAAAUUCUCGCAAACUGGUGGAUCUGUGAUGGAGUUUAUCGGUGGAAAUGCAAAGACAUGGCCUGAGUUCUUGAAGUUUUUGGGCGACGAGAAACCAAUCGGAUCACCUUUCCAGAUCAAUUACGUCCUCAACGAUGAUACCCCAACGCCACCGAACCCUAUUAAGGCCAUGAACGAUCCAAUUAUCAAAUGCAAUGAUCCGAACCCCGCAUAUUCUUGCUCAUGCCUGGAUUGCGCAGAGGCUUGCCCAAAACUUCCAGAUUUGGAGGACGAGAAGGCUUGUCGUGUUGGAAUUAUCCCAUGUUUAUCAUUCUCGGUCAUCGUCAUAUACGCUGUUUUCCUUACGGCAAUCUUGCUCUGCUAUGGGUAUUUCUUUACUAGGGACUAUACCCAUCGGUACCAGCGGCUGAGAUUGCUUCACGACGACGGGCCAUCUGAUGACGAAGAUGAGGGCGACAUCUUGGCGCCAGCCGGAUUUUCAGAUCACCCGGCCUCCGAGUAUCCUUUGAAUGUCAAGCUAGAUAAUGCCUUCCAGAAGCUUGGGUACGGCUGUGCCACUUAUCCUGGGCUCACGAUCGGAAUCUCCGUUAUCGUAAUUGUCCUGAUGUCGUUAGGAUGGCUGAAUUUCCAGGUUGAAACUAACCCUGUUAAACUAUGGGUUUCUCCAACUUCAGAGACUGCAUUGCAAAAAGACUUUUUUGAUCAAAAUUUCGGACCUUUUUGGCGAAUCGAACAAGCGUUUUUGGUCAACGACGUUUCUGGAGAACCGCAACCAGUACUGUCGUACGAUACGCUCCAAUGGUGGUUCAAUGUCGAAUCGACUGUCAAGCGGAUGAAGAGUUUGGAAGAAGGAGUCGCACUUCCGGACAUCUGUUUCAAUCCAACCGGAGCUGGGUGCGCGAUUCAAUCCAUUAGUGGAUGGUUCGACGAGAGGCCCGAUCUUCUGAACCCUAGUGAUUGGGACACCCGCAUUAAAGACUGUGCAGCCAAUCCAUCCUCCUGCUUGCCGGCUAUGGGACAGCCAUUAGAUCCUGAGGUUGUGCUUGGAGGCUACACUAGCACAGACAAAGUCCUCGACGUGCCAGCCAUCAUGGUUUCUUGGGUUGUGAACAAUCACCCUGAAGGCUCCAAAGAAGUAAAGAAGGCCAUGGACUGGGAGGAGUCGCUCAAAAGGUAUCUUCUCGAUGCCCAAGCCGAGGCUCGUGAUCGCGGCUUGAGGCUUAGCUUCAACACUGAGAUUAGCUUGGAGCAGGAGCUGAAUAACAGCGCAAACACGGAUGCGAAGAUUGUGGUUAUUAGCUACGUCUUCAUGUUUAUCUAUGCGUCCUUCGCCCUUGGAUCUACUGGCUUUUCGCUUCGAAAGUUACUUGCACGCCCAUCGAGGGCAUUUGUAGACAGCAAGUUUACUCUUGGUGUCGCAGGAAUCGUUAUCGUCUUGAUGUCGGUAUCAGCCUCGGUGGGCCUGUUCUCGGCCUUGGGUGUAAAGGUUACACUGAUUAUUGCGGAAGUGAUUCCGUUCUUGGUUCUUGCUAUUGGUGUCGACAACAUCUUCUUGAUUACCCACGAGUUUGAACGCGCAAAUGUCUCCCACCCGGACCGGCUUGUCGAAGACAGAAUCUCAAAAGCUCUAGGCAGAAUGGGACCAUCUAUCCUUCUGUCAGCUUUUACGGAAACAUGUGCAUUUGCUUUGGGUGCUGUUGUCGCGAUGCCCGCGGUCCGAAAUUUUGCUAUCUACGCUGCCGGUGCAGUAGUAAUCAAUGCAAUCCUUCAGGUCACGAUGUUUAUCUCUGUCCUGGCUAUCAAUCAAAAGAGACAAGAGGAGAACCGAUUCGAUUGUUUCCCUUGCGUCGUAGCUCCCGGUGGUCCUAUCCGACAGAACGCCGGAGAAGAGGAGAGCUACCUGCAGAAAUUUAUCAGAAAGACAUAUGUCCCGAGACUGCUUAACAAGUAUGUCAAAGUCACAGUUAUUGUAAUUUUCUUGGGACUUUUUGCCGCAGGCAUUGGCCUUAUGCCGGAGAUUGAACUCGGCUUGGACCAAAGAAACGCCCUCCCUGAUGGAAGCUAUACGAUUGAUUACUUCAAUGAUCUUUAUGACUACUUCGGAUCAGGCCCACCUGUAUUCUUCGUCACCAAGGAGUACAACAUUACCCAUCGUGAUGAGCAACGAGGGGUCUGUGGUCGAUUUACGACUUGCAAUCAGUUCUCUUUAGGUAAUAUUUUAGAACAAGAAAGGAAGAGACCGGAGGUCAGCUAUAUUACCAAACCAGCCGCAAAUUGGCUAGACGACUAUUUUCAAUGGCUGGAUCCUAGACAAGAAGGCUGCUGCGGUAUUAAAAAGAAUACCGGGUUUGCCUGCGACCCCUCAAACUCUGGCUGCGAUGUUUGUUUCGAAGACCGAACUCCGGCCUGGAAUCAAACACUUUACGGAAUGCCUGAGGGUGAAGAAUUUUUGAAGUAUUUGGAACUCUGGCUUGAUUCCCCCGUUGGAGAAAACUGUGUCUAUGGUGGCGCUGCCGCGUAUAAACAUGCAGUUAAUGCAGACUAUGAUGCUAAAACGAUCAAGGCAAGCCAUUUCAGAACACUUCAUACUAAGCUAGCGAGCCAGAAGGAUUUUAUUGAAUCGUUUUCAGCUGCUAGAAGAAUUGCGGCCACUAUAAGCGAGAAGAUUGGGUCCGAGGUUUUCCCUUAUUCGUCGUUCUAUAUCUUCUUUGAUCAGUAUACCACCAUUGUGGGACUGACUGGAAAAUUGAUUGCCGGCGCGGUGUUGUCAACCUUUAUCAUCUCAAGUGUCCUUCUUGGAAGCUUCUUAACAGGUCUAGCAGUCUCGAUCACUGUCACUAUGAUUGUGGUUGAUGUUAUCGGAGUCAUGGCGCUAUGGGGUGUUAGCUUGAACGCUGUAACCUUAGUAAACCUUGUCAUUUGUGUUGGUAUCGGUGUCGAAUUUUGCGCGCACAUUGCGAGAGCCUUCAUGUUCCCAAGUCGAAGUCUUCUGGAGAAAGCAAAGAAGUUGACUGGAAGGGACUGCAGGGUGUGGGUUGCUAUGGUUAAUGUUGGUGGGAGUGUAUUCUCCGGCAUUACUAUUACAAAAUUCUUAGGUGUUUCUGUUCUCGCUUUCACCAAAAGCAAGAUCUUCGAGAUCUAUUACUUCAGGAUCUGGCUAGCGUUGGUUGUCUUGGCUGCCUCACAUGCCCUCAUUUUCUUACCCGUCCUCCUAUCCUUGAUCGGAGGAAGCGGAUACCUUGAUUCCGACGAGGAUCUGGGGCUAGAAGAGGACCUUGCCAGUCGCCAGUAUGCGUCCAGAAACUUUGGACCUCAUAACUUUGAAGAUGAUAGUGAUGAUGAAUGA